UUGAUCGGAAUGGUUAGUGGCAGGUCGGGAAAUGGGGAAGUCCGAUUAUUCGUACGAUCUGAUCUUUGCUUCUAUGGCCAGCUUUAGAAACCUUUAUGCCAAUCUACAGCAGAACAAAUAGGCCAAGUUUGUUGACACUGACUGUGGAAAUAGAUCCUGCCCACUCCCUCCUCUUUCUCCUUAUCAGACUGGUUUCAGCUCCUUUGCUUCCAAACUGUACAUUCUCACCAUCUCGCUCCUAAUCAACUAGACCAGCUUACACUUUCUCUUAUGGCUACCUGCUUUCUCAUUACAUCUGCUGCCUUUCAGGAACCAGCAAUGGGUCUGGAAGUAGCUGUAAACCCACCGUGGAAAUUCUGGACAGUUUGCUUGCAGAUACUUCUGGGAGCUGGCCUGGCACUUUUUUGUUUCAGCCUCUUGCUUGGAUGUGCCAUCUGUUGGCACCAAAGACGCAGAAACGAUUCUUUACAUAGCCUCAGUGAGGCAGACAAGGAGCUGGCAAAGAUCCCAGUGAGAUCUGCUGCGGUUCCAAUACCGACUUGUUACCAAGAGAUGGAUGGGGACAUCCCUUCACAAAGUGUUGACAACUGGGAAGAUGUCCCAGGCAGGGCCUUAUAUUCUAGAGCUUCUCUGCCCAGUUUACACCAUGUUUCAUCAAAGACCAAACGCAUGCUACAUCGGCGUAGCACAUUAGUAGUGGACUAUUCUCAAGAAGGGGAUCAUGUGAAACUUGUGAGGAUGUCUGUCUCCCACACUGAGUCAAGUGGACUUUCUAAAACAAAACAUAAAUCCCAUCCAUUCCUGCACUUCACUUUGCACUACUCCUUAGAAGAAGAGACACUUACAGUGACAGUUACUGGCCUCUCUAAUCUGCCCAAGAAGUUCCAUCAAAAGAGAGAUUCCUUGGUUAGAGUCUAUCUGAUGCCUGGUUUUAUUGAGCCACUACCAGCAGCGAAUGAAGGUUCAGACCAAGGACAGAAGUUCUUGUUCUGUAAGUACAGCCCAGAGCAGCUGAGGGAGCUCAAUUUACGGCUUGCUGUGUAUGCUCAAGAGAAGCAAAGUCUAAGGGAAGGAUUCAUUGGAGAAGUGCUGUUCUCCUGCGCACAAAUUGACUGGCACAGUCAUGGACCAUGUGUCUACACCAAGGAACUGUCUGUUACCAAGACCAAGCUUAAGAAGAGUCUGAGCACAACAGAUGUAAUCUCCCCUCCAACUGGACAACCUAGAUUCCUCGGACAGAUAUUUAUCCUGCUUCAAUAUCAAUGCACGGCGAGUCGUAUAAAAGUGAUGGUGCAAAAGGCAGAGAAUUUGGGCAAGCGAACACGCAUUCCUGGCCCAACAGAUCAAUUUGUUAGUAUACGCUUGAUCCAGGAAAACAUAGUUAAGGAGCGGAAAGAGACCCGAGCAGUGUCAGGCUCAAGCCCUGUAUGGAAUGCUCCAUUUCUCUUUGACACCCCCGCCAAGGCUUUAGAGGAAGACACUAUAGCUCUGGAGUUUGUGAUAAUGCAGGGUCGUGUUCAUAAUCUCGCUCGUACUCUUGGUUGUGUACGAAUUGGUGCUGGUGCUUCAGAAGCUGGGCUAAGUCAUUGGAAGGAAAUGCAGGAGAGAGAACCAAAGGAAUGUGCCCGUUGGCAUGUCCUCCAACCUGAUGUGUUUUAGAGUUUCCUCCAUUUAUAUUUACUGUGUGUGUGUGUGCAUGGCAGUGGUUCCCAGCCAGAGGUUCCUGGAACGGACAACUACAUUGAGGAAACCCUAAUCUCUCAACAUUAAUUCAGUCUCUUUUAACCUGCUGCUAGUAGUAGUGCUGAAAGUUAACUUGGGGCUGGGGUAAUAUUUAGAGAUGGAAAAAGGGUCAUUGCACUUGUUGGGAAUCACUGCACCAAACAAUAGACCUUUAUGGGGGUUGAAUGUAGGACAGGUAUGGGACCUGUUAUCCAGAAUACUUGGGACCUGGGGUUUUCCAGAUAACAGAUUGUUCCAU